CCCUAUUGACUUUGGGGUCACCAGGUCACAUGUCAAGGUCACCAGGUCAAAGGUCAAGGCGUUGUGGGGACAUUUGUCACCGUUAGUGACAGCUUUUAUUAUUGAGAAACACUCAUCGUAAGUUUCUGGAUCAUAAUAUUUUUUCAAGCGUAAAAUAAUAAACAUAAUUAUUAAAAGGGCCUGACUAGUUUGAGGCAUACCUUCUUGGUCUUUCCUGAACAUUAGGCAAAUGCUAGUACGUGACGACACAUAUAAUAUUGUUUAGUAUAUACUUGCCUUUGUCACUUUGUUCUGGGUUAAGAGCAACUUUAAAGAAUAGUGUGGGAGAUAUAUCUAUUUCAGAACUAUAUUUUCAUAUUAAAAUGUAAUAAUUGAACACUUCCAGAUAAAGUUUUUCCUAUUCUGUUUAACGAAGCUUUGAAUAAAUUUAAAUAUUUUUUUACAGUUUUUAAUUUAAAAUAUUUAUCAGUCAUCUGAUGAUCCAAAAAGGUUUUAGGCAUAUAUGUAAGUCUUAAACUUAAUGCAAUUUUAUUUUUCCAAGACUUUAUAAUAUUAUUAAAUUUAUAAAUCUGUUUUUUUUUCACUUUCAGUUCAUAAGAUGUAUAGGCAUUGAAAGUAAGCUUUGAACUGUAUGAAUAGCUGAUUUUGCUAUCAGAUAUAACCUGUAACUCAUUAUCAUAUUGCACUUUAGAUUGGCUGAAUAAAAGCUAUACAGCUCUUAAAGUUAUGGAAAGAACAGAAGACAUGGAAAUACGGAUAGAGCAAUUGGAGGAAGCAAAAUUAAUUUACAAGAUGACGGAAGGCGGGAGAAAAAUGUGUCUCAUUAUUGCAAACUCAAAGUUUAGUAGGCAGGCAAGGUUGGAGGCAUGUAAACUAGAUUGUCGUUACCUAACAGCUUUGUUCACAGGACUUAAUUUCGAUGUAGAGGGGAAAGAAAAUCUUACCGCUGAGGGAAUAAAGGCAUUCCUAGAAGACAAGAAAAGACACCUUGACGUUGACCUUGAGUGUUUUGCAUGUGUAAUAACGAGCCAUGGAGAUCCAAGAGGAAUUCUAGGAAUUGAUGACGCAGUGAUCGAGUUUCAGAACAUUCUGGACAUGUUUGACAGAGACCAUUGCCCUGAACUGGCAAACAAGCCAAAACUGUUUCUCUUUGAUGUCUGUCGAAGAAGUGGUGUAGACCUGGUCCAGCUGAAAGCCAAGAAAAUAGUGAACUACACAAUGAUUCCACCAACAAAAUCUGAUAUUUUAGUUGCCCAUGCAACUACAAAUGAUUAUGUUUCAUUUUGCGAUCGGAACUAUGGGUCCAGAUUCUGUCGAAGUUUCGUAAAAGUGGUCAGUGAAAAUGCUUGCAGAUAUAGCAUUUUAGACAUGCUUUUAAUGGUCAACGAAAUGGUUGGGGAAUUUACAAGUGGUGGAGUCCUGCAAUCUGUACAAUUUGAUUGUUCUAUGCGUAAACAGUUUUUCUUCCCUCUACCUGUAAUACGUCAGGCGAAGGCCAUUGCCGCACAUGAAACGAAGACGUCGCUAGAAGAGGACAGAGACGUUAAACAAACGGGACUUUAAAAGGGAAGAAGAAGAAGCUAUUAAUGGCAUCGUACUAUUUUGAUCUGUUUGUGUAUUACCAAUGUAUACCUGACUUAUAAUAUUAUAAAAGCAAUCAGCAACGUUUUUGCCUUAAAGUUUAUAAACGUGUGAUAACCGUAAUGCAACUGAAUUACAUUUUACGAAAACCCGGUGUGAGAGGUCUGAUUAAAAAAAUCAUGUAAACGGAAAACCAUUAUAAUUUGUUUAGAUUGUCUAACGUUAUGUUUUGAUAUAUAUUCAUACUACUAUUAUUGAACAUUGUAUAGUUUUAUGACAUUGUGAGUUAGCUUGCAAUGCUGCCCAUUACGCUCAUUAUUCGCGCAUUUAAAGAUUUUACCGCCAAAGAAUGUUCAUAAAGAUGUAAUACUGUUUAAAUGCAAUAAUCUGUGGAUAAUCAAAUUGUCUAUGUGAGAAUCAAAUUUGAACUGUUUUCUAUACACCAUAAAUCUAGGCAAGUGAAUAUUUUUGUAGGUAUGACGUAAAGUUAGGACAUAUUUACCGCAUAUCAAUACAAUGUUUCGUAGAAAAAUAAACAGGCUGGUCUGGCUGGUCUGGAUCCUUGCUGGUCGCAAUUGCACUAUGUUGGUUUUCUCAUGGCGCGGCUCAAAUGUUAUCUGUGCCACUGGUACUUAUCCCAAGCAAGAACCAAGCCUACGGCCUUGAUAAGAUGACUGCCUUUAGUAUUAAUGUUAUACAGCACACAAAUAUCUGCCAUCACUUAUAACAGAACUAUACAGACAUGUACAUUUACUUAAAUAACUACCUGAACUACUGUUAUAAAACUGACCGGUCACUAAUACAUGUAUACAUAUUCACACAUGUAAUGCAUCAAUAACUUUACAUUACGAACAGUGUAUAGAUAAAUCAAGUACAGAUUGUUUGCAAAAAUAUCGUUCGAUUUUUUAUUUAUUUAUAGGAUUUUAAUCUAAAAAUGUUAUUUUUUCCUAAAUAAACAGAUUUUGUCACUUUAUUUGACUUGAAUUCAUAUAUUUAAUUGACAUUAUACUUUUACGGAAAUUAAACAUUUCAUUUUUUUAAAAUAUACCCUGGCCUAGAUAAUAUAAGAAAAACAUAUUGAUAGAAACAGAUACAAACCAGUUUCUGCUGUAAUAAGUUAACUAAAACAUUGGUUUACCAUUGACUUGAAACGAUUUGGGUAUUGUUUAAAUACUUAAUGUGAAUUUUGCCUUUAAAAUGUAGGCUAGAAGCAUAUGAUAGUGUCCGUUUAAGAUGAAUGUAUUCAGACAGAAAUCUUAUUGUUUCGAUUUUAUUAUGAUUUCUAGUUUAAAAUGUGCAUUUGAUAACUAUGAGGAAGUGUUACCAAACUGAACCAAAAGGCGUGUUUAAAACAACAUGAGGCUCUAAAAUUUGUUUAUUUUUCACUUAUCCUAGUUGCACAAUAAAGUUUGGUAAAGGGAGGUUAUAAUUAUGAUACAGACUUGAUCAGCAUCUACUUUCCAGAUUUUGUUAGGUUUAGAUUUGUUUUAAAUGCAAAUCUUUUAAAAAUAAAAAUACAAAAGUU